GGGCUGUUUGUUGUUCAUUUGGGAGCCAUAGCAACCCUGGGAUCACUCACGAGGAAGCAGUUAGGAGAGAGCAUGUUACAUUGCUGGUAUCCUGCUUAUAACUAGCCAGUUUAGUUUAGGAUUGUUUUGCUGACCAGCCUUUUAAUAUUUAUGAUGGGAGAAAGAACAAAACAAGCCUUAGAGGAAUUAGACCUUAAUCUGAGUUUAGAUAGCUUGGAAGAAUCUGACUCUGAAAGCUUAACCCAGGAGGCGAAAUAUCAGUCGCAACUACAAGACAGGAUUUUUAACACCGAAGAACUUGUAGAGGAUGUACAGCCUGAGAAACGCCUUAAUGAUGGCAAACAAAAGGGUUUGCAUUCUGACAGAGCAAAAAAAGAAGUUAUUCUUGAUGGAAAGGAUACAAUUACAAAUACACCUAACCGCAAAAAUGAAAGGAUCGGACACAAGAAAAUAAGUUUUCAGAAAGAAGAUAGCAGUUAUUGUCAUCUAAGAUACGAUCCCAACUGGAAAAAACACCAAAGCCAUGGACAUAGCAUGGCAGCUUACCAGGACCAAGAUGAAUUCUCUGAUGACUCUUCCAGUUUCUCAGAUGAGCUGUCAAUAGAUAUGUUUGUGCAUCAGAAAACAGCAGAUGACAAGAAUGAUCUUGGUAUAAGUGGUAUAUCUGAAAAUAAACUACCAUACAGGAUGGUCAAUAAACACAAGAACAAUGAACCUAAUGAUUUUAUCAGCAGGAAAAGUGAAUCAUGUGAAGAGCUGAGCAAUGCCAACAACAGGGUUUUAGACAAUAAGCACAGGUUCAAGUCUGCAGAGUCAAAUACGCAUACGACAAAUAAAGAUUUCAUAGAAACAAAUAAGCUCACUCUAGGGGUACGAGCCACCAAAACCCAUAAAUCAUAUCUCAAUAUGUACACAAAGAAAAAAGAUGACACACAUGAUAAGGUUGAACAAAUAAUAGAUAUCCAUUCUGUUAAGACGAAAACAGAACCUAGAAAUCAAGUUGCAGAUAUAGUGGAUCCAUCUAGAAAACCAAAACAUACACUUCAAGAACACAAUUUAUCUGCACAAAAAUUAAAGCAAACUGUUUUAGCAAAUGGAAUGCUUGAAGAUACCAAUAUUCAAAGUCACAUCAUCAAAGAAAGACAAUUCAGUAACUUAACACCUUCAACAAGCAUGCCAGAUUUAUUAUUGAACAUGGAUGUAUCAAAACUAAAAUACACUGCAACACGACACUUUACUUCCAAGGAGUCUCCUGGUGAAUUCUUUUCAGCUACAAAAGACAAUUAUUAUGACAAACAUUUUCUUUUUUCUGGUCAAGUAUUGAAUGAUGAUAUCAUUAAAGAUAACCUUCAUCUCAACCAAUGGCAAGUUCAAAAAGCACAAAAACAGAAUAAAACACAUCAAACAAAUCAAGACAGGCACAAUAUUUAUGAUGUUGCUGAAAUGGAAAAGAUCAUUUUGGGUGCACACAGUUCUAAUAAAAGUAACAUCACAUUAAACCAAAAUCAUAUGGAACUGGGAUAUACACCAUUUAAUGGAGUUCAGUUUUAUGACUAUUUGGCAACAAAAUUGCAAAUGCAAGCUGAUGCUUUCACAACUGAAGAAGAGAGAAAUCAGAAUGCUCAUCCCAAUCCAGUAUCGGAUGGAUCUCAAACAGCAAUGAAAAAGACUCAUGAAAUGAAAGAAAAGCAAAGAAAGAUCCCCAAAGGAUAUGUAAACAAGGAAAUAAAGUUGGGAGGCAUUGGCCCGAGUUAUACAAUUAGUAAAGAAAAAAAAGAACAGUUACACAAUCAAAAGGAAUAUGCUAAAGCUAUACAAGAACGCAACAGAAAUACAACUGCAACUGUUCCAAAAGCUCCUGAAGUGCAGACAGAGAAAAGUGACAGAAAUAAAGGAGCACGGCACAAAGGUCUGGAUUAUGCAAAGAAUAUCCCAAAGCCACAACUUUUGCCUAAGCCUACUGACCAGAAGAAAGAAGAAACAGCCCCACAACCAAUAGUUCAUGAUCACUUUUCCUCCCAAAUAAAGUUGUUGGAAGAGCUGCAAAUGAGGCAUGAAAGAGAAAAGGUUGCAGUGGCAGCUUUGAGUGCUCUUCAUAUCCUUUAGUUGAUAAUUACUUAGAAAAUAGCCUGUGAAAUGUUAUGGCUAUUGUUCCAAUAUAACUAAACACAAAGUUUCCAUGGGUAGGAUGCACCUACUAAAGUCUUUUAACGUUAUUCUUUUAAACUUCUUUCUUUAUGAAUAACUGAAGGGCCUCCUUUCUCUGUAAACUGGGUUUUAUAUUGCAAAAGCAAAUGUAUGCAGAGUUUUACUCAAGAAUGAGUCUCCAUAAUUCUGGCACACCAUUCUGAACUGUAGCUUUAGCACCAUUACAUUUAGCCAAAAAGAUUUGCAAAUCCAACAAGCAGCUCCCUGUCCAUCUUUCAUUGGGUUAUCAGUCCCAGUGACCAAGGCUGUUUAAUGUGGGAGCUGCAAGUCAGGAUAAUUACAUACAGUACAUAACUACUUUAGCUUAAUUAUGUUAUCAGCUUAAACUGCUCUAUGGUGGUAUUGCCUUUUCAUUCUUCCAUUUUCCAAUGCAAAAAGGCAUAAUUACACUCUGCUUAUAACACUUUGAAAGCCUUAUAUUCCACUACCAAGCCAGUUUAAAUCUGAAUGUAUUAAUAUUGCUAAUGUUAUCAAAAUACCUCUGGUUUAAUGAUUACCUAAACUGCUGGCACUCUGUAGUUAUUCCUGAACUGCAGUUUCCUUGAGAUUCUGCCAACAACAGGCUAAAUGCAGUAUCAUAUGAAGUGAUGUAAUGCCACAUGACUUUAAUGUGAUGGAUACUCCUUAAAAGUGACAGUUUUUUUAUAACUUUUUUUAAAUGUUGCAUUUUUUAUUUUACUCUAUGACUGGAAAAAUUAAAUCUUUUCAGUUCAGAAUUCAGGAAAAUGUUUUUUGGGAGAUUUCGCAUUUAGUCGAAUGUAAAAAUGAUGGAUUCAAAUUGAAUUGUUCAGUGCAACCCUAGAAUAAAGUUGCUAUUAUACACUUUGCAUUGUAGCGAUAUAGAGUGUAACAGUUGUAAUGUUUGUCUAGUUUAUUUGAUGGAUUGUACAUUAAUAAAACUGUGACACAGUGUAAAACAUUGGUAUUCAGUAAUUUUGUGACUAAUUUUUGCCUACAGAGUAAUGGGCACAACUCUGCCUUUGAAAAGAUUCUAAUGCAACUUGGGUCUGAAAUCAGGACGAAUGGUUUUAUGUAGCAAAUAUUAAAAUAAAAUUGAUCCCACAGUCACAUUGAAUUAUAACAAGGACGUACAUGUUAACUGUUCUGUCUUUUGUACCCUUCUAUUCUGUAAAGCACUGCGUAAAUUGAUGGCGCUAUAUAAAUAAUAAUAAUAAUACUGUGUGAAUAAACAAAAUAUAUAAAAACUCAGAAUACAAAAGCCAUUUUUUAUCUAUUAAUUACUCAAAGUUACCUUGAAAGUGUCACAGAUAACAAAACACCUUGGAUGAAUCUUAUCCUGCAUAUCACUGAUGUUUAAAGGGACAAUCCACCAUUUUAAAAAAUGUUUAGUAUGGUAUAGAAUGUGGUAAUCUAAAGCUAACUGUACAUUGGCCAACAUUAGCUGCCAACUCGGCCACUCCAAGUGAGUGUCUUUUAUAUGUUAUUUCACACUAAUUGUAACUUGCCUUCUGCCGAACACGGUAAGUCAAUUUUUCUGCUAAAGGGCAAGCUAAUGCCACAAACAGCAUUUUUGAGUCCAGCAUAGUUUAACUGGCUGAAAAUCAUUUGUGGUACUCACUGACAUGAAUGGAAAGGGCAGGGUAGUACACUUGUGAACACUUUUUAGAAUGCACUGGUGCAUCAAGCCAAAAACUGCUCCCACUUGUGCUUCUUGGCUUAUUCUAUUCAAGUCAGUAAUAGGGGGGUGGGUUUAGAAGCAAAAUACUCUGCAUAAGUCAUUAGCCCAGUGCUAUCAGUUAGAACUUGAACAUGCAAUGUUAUUGCCUUCAAAACUGUUCAGAUGCCACCAGUUGUUUUGAUAGCCCUGAUUUAAUAUGUAUCAAACUUGCAUUAAAUAAACAAUUUGGAUGCUAA